UGCAUCCACUGCGGUUAUAAAAGACCCAACGGAGCUGCGGCCCAGACAGUUCGGUGGUUGUACAUCGGCUGCAAGACUCGACCCUUAGAUCUUGUGUUCUCAACGGAGUCGAAAAAGCGCCAACCACCAGAGUAAGCCCGAUAAUGUCGGUAGCCGGACCGGAAGUGGUCGCCGGCUCGGUGGCCGCGGCCUCAGCCGGCGGAUUCUCCGCCACCAGCGUCUUCUUCACCCUCCUCGUGCCAGCCGUCGUGCUAUUCUACAUCUACUUCAGGAUCUCGAGGCGCCACCUGCUCGAGCUCGCCGAGAAAAUCCCCGGACCCAAGGGCCUGCCCGUGAUCGGCAACGCCCUCGAUCUCAUCGGCUCGUCCGACACAAUAUUCCGCAACAUCUACAAGAGAUCCUUCGAGUUUGACACUGUGGUCAAACUAUGGAUCGGGCCCAAGCUCGUUGUCUUCCUGAUUGACCCGCGCGACGUCGAGGUCAUCCUCUCGAGCCACGUCUACAUCGACAAGUCCACCGAGUACAGGUUCUUCCAGCCUUGGCUCGGCGAGGGUCUCCUCAUCUCCACUGGCCAGAAAUGGCGCGCCCACCGCAAGCUGAUCGCCCCGACCUUCCACCUGAACGUGCUCAAGAGCUUCAUCGACCUCUUCAACGCCAACUCGAACGCCGUCGUCGAGAAGAUGCGCAAGGAGGACGGCAAGGAGUUCGACUGCCACGAGUACAUGUCUGAGACGACCGUUGAGAUCCUCCUCGAGACCGCCAUGGGAGUGUCCAAGACCACCCAGGACAAGAGCGGCUUCGAGUACGCCAUGGCCGUCAUGAAGAUGUGCGACAUCCUUCACCUGCGUCACACCCGCGUUUGGUUGCGGCCCGACUGGCUGUUCAACCUCACCAAGUACGGCAAGGAACAGGUCGCCCUGCUCGACAUCAUCCACGGCCUGACCAAGAAGGUCAUCGCUCGCAAGAAGGACGACUACAAGAGCGGCAAGCGCAACUUUGUCGACACGAGCGCCACCGCCAAGGACAGCGCCAAGAGCACCACCGUCGUCGAGGGCCUGUCCUUUGGCCAAUCGGCUGGCCUCAAGGACGACUUGGACGUCGACGACAACGACGUCGGCGAGAAGAAGAGACAGGCCUUCUUGGACCUUUUGGUCGAAGCCAGCCAGAACGGCGUCGUUCUCACGGACGAGGAGGUCAAGGAACAGGUCGACACCAUCAUGUUCGAGGGACACGACACCACGGCUGCCGGAUCCAGUUUCUUCCUGUCGAUGAUGGGCUGCCACCCAGAGAUCCAGGAGAAGGUGAUCCAAGAGCUGGACGAGAUCUUUGGCGACAGCGACAGACCCGCGACCUUCCAGGACACGCUCGAGAUGAAGUACCUCGAGAGGUGUCUCAUGGAGACGCUCCGCAUGUACCCACCGGUGCCCAUCAUUGCCCGCGACAUCAAGACCGAUCUGAAGCUCGCAUCCGGCGACUACACGAUCCCAUCGGGAGCUACGGUAGUCGUGGCGACGUUCAAGCUGCACCGACAGCCGCACAUCUACCCGAACCCGGACGUCUUCAACCCGGACAACUUCCUGCCCGAGAAGACGGCCAACCGGCACUACUACGCCUUCGUGCCGUUCAGCGCGGGUCCGCGUUCCUGCGUCGGCCGCAAGUACGCCAUGCUCAAGCUCAAGAUCCUCCUGUCGACCAUACUGAGGAACUUCCGCAUCAAAUCUACCGUCAAGGAGGAAGACUUCAGGCUCCAGGCCGAUAUCAUCCUCAAGCGCGCCGAGGGCUUCAAGGUCAAGCUCGAGCCCAGAAAGUCCGGGGACGCACGCGUCAAGGUCGCCGCUUAGGCUAUUCUCCCCCCACUCG